CUGUUGGAGCUAUUUGACAGUGAAGACCCUCGAGAACGAGACUACCUAAAAACAGUCUUGCACAGAAUUUAUGGCAAGUUUCUGGGUCUUAGAGCAUUUAUCCGAAAACAGAUUAAUAAUAUUUUUCUACGAUUUGUUUAUGAAACUGAACACUUCAAUGGCGUAGCUGAACUGUUGGAAAUUUUAGGAAGUAUUAUCAAUGGUUUUGCUUUACCUCUUAAGGCAGAGCAUAAACAGUUUCUGGUGAAGGUGCUGAUUCCUUUACAUACUGUCAGGAGUUUAUCACUCUUCCAUGCACAGCUGGCAUAUUGCAUAGUACAGUUUCUGGAGAAAGACCCCUCACUCACAGAACCAGUCAUUAGAGGUUUAAUGAAAUUCUGGCCAAAAACCUGCAGUCAGAAAGAGGUCAUGUUCCUAGGAGAGCUGGAGGAAAUCUUGGAUGUAAUCGAACCGUCGCAAUUUGUCAAAAUCCAGGAACCCUUGUUUAAACAAAUUGCCAAGUGUGUCUCUAGCCCUCAUUUUCAGGUGGCUGAAAGAGCGCUCUAUUAUUGGAAUAACGAAUACAUCAUGAGUUUGAUAGAGGAGAAUUCAAAUGUUAUACUUCCCAUCAUGUUUUCCAGCCUUUAUAGGAUUUCUAAAGAACACUGGAAUCCGGCUAUUGUGGCUUUAGUCUACAAUGUAUUGAAGGCAUUUAUGGAAAUGAACAGCACCAUGUUUGAUGAGCUGACAGCCACUUACAAGUCAGAUCGUCAGCGUGAGAAGAAGAAAGAGAAAGAGCGUGAAGAACUGUGGAAAAAACUGGAGGAUUUGGAAUUAAAGAGAGGUCUUAGACGUGAUGGAAUAAUUCCAACUUAACAAAAAAACAAAACAACAUUAUUAACCUGUGGAGUCACACAUUUAUGUAGUAGAAGAUGGAGCAACAGUUUUCUGUAUUGUGCAACUUUACAGUAGAUUUCACAUUUGUUUCAUUAUUACAACAGCACUGUAUAUACCUGUCUCUAAGUAAAGGAAAAAAAUAAGGACUUUAAUCCAAAGUUUGGACAGCAGAUGGACUUCUCAGAACUUUGCAAACAUAAUCAUUGUUUUAACCCUCCUUUAAAACCAGUCUUCAAAGAUCUGUUGAUGAAAAUUGCGAUGUCAAAUUCCAUUGUCAGGACCUGUUCCUUAUUUAUCGUUAGCAGAGAGUAUAAUACAACUUUCAAAUGUGAACAAUCUUAAAAUUUAGCUUGUCUUUCUGCUAAACUGUUAAGUGUAUUUAUAGUAAAAGAGAAAAAAGACUGUCAUUUCCUUAUGAGUUUGUGUAACAUCCUCCUUCUCUGGAUAACUUUACUGUAAUUUGACUUUUUUUCCUUUUGCACAUCUUCAUAAGUUGAAUGUCCAUUCAGAUCAGGGCUGUGAAAAAACAUAGGUCCUGAAUAAAAGUUUUGUUUACUGGUGUGAGCAUUUUUUUAGUACCAGGCCGUCUCUGGUGCUUCCUUAAUUUGAACAUUAGGAGUUAAAAAACAAGUAGGUGAUAAACAUAGUAGGAAAGGGAGCUUUGGAUUUGUGCACCUGUUUAUUGCAAAUCCAAAUUUGUGUCCACAAUCCUUCGAAAAUGGGCAGUGGUAACACCCUGGACUUCAGUACCUAACCAGUAUUAGUGAUAUGGCAUUGGACACACAUACUGGAGUUGGUUUAGAAAUACUAAUUGCUAAAUUAUUACAGUAUGUUUUAUUGGACCAUUUCGAAAGAAUAAAGACAAACGCUAAACAGUGCAAGCAUGAAAUUGAUCUCCAGUGGUCUUGGAUCUAAUUGGAAACUGAGUUGAGAUAGUUUGGACUGUUUGGAGUUGUUGCCUUACUUUUUAAUAUGUAUUUAUAAAGUGUUCCAGCAAAAGAGGAUGUAGCCUCUAAGAAACAUACUAUAGUGUUUUUGUGGUUCUAGUACUAUUACUCAUCACAAUACCAGCCCUAUGGUCUUAGCUGGAAAGGAUUCUGGAUAAUAUACUUCUGCAUUCUCAUCUGGAUGCUCAUUCCUAACUACUGUAUUUGUUACCAAAAGUGGUUCUACAAAUGCUACUGAAAAAAAUUCUGGAAAUCCUAAUGUUCUGAGUAUUAAUAAUAAAGUUUAAAAUGCUUUUAUAUCAAA